CAUCAAACUUCAGUUCUCUCUCACCACUCCAAGUGCACGGGUGAAGGGCUCGCGUCGUCUGCGUGCCGUGUGUUUGAGUUCGAUUUUUUGCCGGCAUUUAGAUCGGAUAAAGCACCGAGAAAAACAAAGCGCAAUUUUCAAUCACCGCAAGAUCUGGUGACACCAAGUGAUAAAAUAAUUUGUUUGCGAAAAGCAAGAUGUGGUUUUAAUCAAAGUGGCCUUAUAACGGCCGCGCGCAUAUCGAAAGUAACUUCGACUUGCUAGUUGCAGAGACAAGUGAUCAGUGCCGGUGGUCAAUGAACCAGACCCCGAUACAUCGAAAGGAAAGGAUACAACCGAUCCUUAGUGCCGCGGUAAACAAAAACAAACCACCAUCUUUUGCAGCAUCUCGCGUCCAAGCAAGUCUACACAACACAAUCGUUUUGGUGGGUCGUAAAACGGUGACGAGCGCAAAGGGCACAGGGCACAGAGCAGUCAGUGAACGUGAAAACAAGCAAAGGAAAAGAAAAGGAAAAAAGGAAUACACACAAACGACCAGUGAAGCGGUAAGAAAUAUAUCGUAAAACGAUAGUGUAAAACGGAGGAAAGAAAAAAAAGCCUGUCACAAAACGCACCAGGAAACACAAAACGAUCGAAAAACUCGUUUUUCAUUGCGAGCCAGCGCGCGCGUGUGUGUAUGUGUGUGUAAGUUGCGGUAUGAAAGAGUGUACUAGUGUGCGUGCGCGUUGUGUUUGAUUUAGGCCUCACGCUUGUAACGAUCGCCGUUGGUGGGAAGGAGACCGAGCGCGAGCACAAAACACGUCUGCCAGAGUGAGAAGGAGCAAAAGAGUGAGCGAGCAAACGGUGCGGUGAGCGCGUUCUGAUCGAAGCAGGACUUGCAGCAAUCCAGCCGCGAUCGAUCAAGAUUAUCCUUAAUUUCUUUCUCGUUCUUUUUGUUGGCGAUCAAUGAAACCCGUACCCGUGUUGGUGUGUGCAGAAUUGAUGAAACAAGCAACAUAUCACAGGCAAGCAAUAAAGUAAAUUAAAAAAAGAAACACCAAAAACCAAACACGAGCGACAAAAAAAGUGCCUUUUAUGAGAAAUUGUGCCCGCGUUAAGUAAAGUGCAACGUGACGAUAAGUUGUUCUCUUGUGCAACCCAAACUGCACGUACCCGUGUGUUUGUGCCCGGGGUGUAUCUGUGCCGUGGAUGUGUUUUAUGUUGAAUUACAACAAAAAAAGUGAUACUGAAAAGUGCAAACAACACACAAAGCGAGAUGAAAUUUGAUUCGUUCGUUUAACAAAAAGAAAAGAAACGAGUAAGAAGUGCUAUUUGUCUCCUGGGUGCAGGGCAGUUUGGUCUCGUUUCGAUGUCGAAAUCUGUCGCCCUUUAUUUUAUUAUUUGCUGAGGUAGAGGAAAAAACAGCGACAGCAAAACAAUAUAGCAACAACUGCCCCCUAACUUGCGCGGCAAACAAGAAGCGCGUGAUCGCGUUUUUGUCGAUCGAGGAAAAAGAAAAGCGAAACCGAGAUACAUUGAAGGUGCAAUUAUAUAGGCUACGCUGGUUCGCCCAAAGCGUGCACCAGGGAAAACUGCCCAACUAAAAGCGAACAAAAGGUAACUUGAACGUUCUAUACAUGCACCUGUGCUUAACAACUUCAAUAUUCGGACCUUACGGAAUCGCGCGAGACCGAUCGGCCGAUGCAGUGGACCGUUGCCCAGUCAUAACAGAACACACCGGCAGAGUGAGUUGAGUGUGUGCCGCCAGCGAGCGCGACUUGGAAGCAAAACAAUUGUGAGAGAAUACGGCAGCAGAGGAGUGACCACCAGGGGCCAGAAUGGAAGCGAACAGGCGGUAACAUUUGCUUUUGCUGAAUGUUAGACCUAAUGAUCACUGUGGCUCACAGACAGGCUCGCUUUAUAGUAUGCUGACAAUUUGUUGUUCCGUUUAGAUAUCCUAUGUGUGUGUGUGAAUGCUUGAGAGUUCAACGUAUAGAAAUGAGUGUAGCUUUGUGCGACUAACCGCAAACCGAUCACUUCCAUCACACGAUCUCUCAGGCAAGUGAAGAGCGAAUUAGCCAAUUCUAUUGUAGUACCUGUGGCCCUUUCUAAACGAAACGUGUGCCCCGAGAAGCGGCACAAGUGCCCGAAGAUGUUGGACACGAUAAGCAGGAGACGGAAGGACGACGAACAACCACACACAACGAACGGUGGUGGUAGGAGGCUGCCGCUACGCAGUACCCACCGGACGAUGCACCUGACGGAAGGCGUUCUAGCGGCAGCAGCACUGUUCAUCAUCAGUCAGUGCGUCGUACGCGUUGACAGUUGGGUGCCAGAUGUCCAGAGCAAGAUACGCAUCCCAUACGAUGCUACCGUGCCGUCCUUUUUCGGCAACAGUACCGAUUACUUCAAGCUGCUGGAUGCGAACGAGCAGUACAUACUGAUCGGCGCCCGGAAUGCGGUGUACAACAUCUCGAUCGAUCGGCUGGUGGAGCUGCCGGGCCAGCGGAUCAGCUGGCCAUCGUCCGACGCCCACCGGGAGCUGUGCACGCUGAAGGGCAAGCACGAGCAGGACUGCCAGAACUACAUCCGCGUGUUUGCGCGCAUCAAUGCGAACCGCAUCAUGGUGUGCGGCACGAACUCGUUCAAACCGCUGUGCCGCUACUACAACGUCCUGCCGGGCAAUGGGUCGCUGGUGUACGAUAACAAUGAGCUGGAAGCGCAGGGCCGCUGCCCGUACAAUCCGCAGCAUAACAGCACGUACGUGUACACCGAUGGGCAGCUGUACUCGGCCACGGUGGCGGACUUUUCCGGCGCGGAUGCGCUGAUCUAUCGCGAACCGCAGCGGACCGAACAGUUCGACAGCAAGCAGCUCAACCAGCCCGCGUUUGUCAGCGCGAUUGAGUACAACGGGUACGUGAUGUUUUUCUACCGCGAGGUCGCGAUGGAGUACAUGAACUGCGGCAAGGCCAUCUACUCCCGGGUGAGCCGGGUGUGCAAGAACGAUAAGGGUGGACCGUACCCGUUCCAGGACAAGUGGACCUCGUUCCUGAAGGCACGGCUAAACUGUUCCAUUCCCGGCGAAUAUCCGUUCUACUUCGAUGAGCUUCAGGCAACCACGAACGCGAUCAGCGGCACGUACGGCGGUGUGCGGAACAAGAUCAUCUACGGCAUUAUGACGACGCCGGAAAACGCCAUCGGCGGAUCGGCCGUGUGUGCCUUCUCGGUGGAGGACAUCAUGGAAGCGUUCGAGGGACCGUUCAAGGCGCAGCGCGACAUCCACUCGAACUGGCUGCAGGUGCCGCCGAGCGCGGUGCCCGAACCGCGCCCGGGCAAGUGUGUGGACGAUAGCCGCACGCUUCCGAAGGCACUGGUCAACUUCGUCAAGACGAACAACCUGAUGGACAGCUCGGUACCGUCGGUACACUCGCGGCCCGUCUUUACGCGCGUCAGCCUGUACUAUCGCCUCUCGGCGAUUGCGGUCGAUCCGCAGGUGAAGGCACUGGACGGCCAGCGGUACGAUGUGAUCUUUGUCGGCACGAACGACGGCAAGGUGAUCAAGUUCGUGAACAUCCUGUCGGCGAACACGUCGGACGAUGUGCGCACGGUGGUGAUCAGCGAGACGCAAGCGUUCCCGCCCGGCACGAAGAUCAACGAGAUGACGAUUUCGAAGAAGAACGCGGCCCUGAUCGUGAUCAGCAGCGGGAAGAUCAUUUCACUGCCGCUGCACACCUGCAACGAGCACAGCUUCAAGACGUGCCGCAAGUGUUUGGAUCUGCAGGAUCCGUACUGUGCGUGGGACGACCUGAAUCGGGACUGCAAACCGAUCGACGAGGUGCAUGCGUCCGGGGCGCCGAUCGAUCAGUUCUACCAGCGGCUGGAUGGGGAGCGCAUCGGGGAGAUUUGCAGGAAGUACGACCAUCAGGAGCCGACGGUGCACACGUACGAGGAUAACGAUGUGUACACGCGGGUGGAUGGGUCCGGGGCGGUGGAAAAGCCGGACAAAUCGUUCGACCAGCGCAAUGUGCUGAUCGUGCACGCGAACCAUGGUACGGUGUCGUCGGUGGGGCCGGAAGAUAUCGACAACGAGAUAUCGAUGUCGUCGGUGGAAGGUGACGAGCAAACGAACCAGAUCAUCAAUACGCUGCAGUACCAGCCCAAGCCGGAUACAUUCGUGAAGCAAAAUGUGCUAUCGGCAACACCGAACCUGAUAUCGCUACUGUUAGGUUUCAUCGUGACCGUGAUGGUGAGCGUUGGAGUGGGCUGUCUCUUCAUGCGCCACCUAAUGCUGAAGAAAGGGCAGGGAGGAUGCGAACACCGCAAUCAGCUGCACUGGCAAAGCGGCAAGAGCCUCUCGAUGCUGUCCCAGACGCGCACGAGCGGCAAGGACGUGAACCUGCUGAUGAACACGACCAACCAGUACCACACGCAGCAGCAAGCGAUCGUGCAGCAGCUGCAGCAGCACCAUCAGAACAACUGCAAGGAUAAUAUCGACUUUGACUACAAGGACCGCAGCGUGGAGUGCAAAAACUCGACGGAAAAUCUCGAGAAGGACAUCAGCAAAGGGAUGGGCACGCUGCAGAAGACUCGCCACUUGAAGACGUUUAAACCGUAAAACAAGGGAAACGAGCCCCAAGUGUCCAUUUUGAUGCACUCCAAUAGCGCUCGGGGAAGCAUCCGAGAGAGAGUGUGUCUGUGUGUUUGUAACCUGCAUGCAAAAAAAAAAAAAACGAAAUAUGCCAACCAAAACCGAAAUCGAAGAGAAGCAGCUCGUGAGAAGACAGCUUUUUUCUUCUAAAUUGUAAAUGUGUGCCACCCCACCCUCCACCAGAAGACGGUAGUCAGCCCAGUUUUGAUCGAGGAAAGUGACACGAGAGUGAGACUGUGUGCCUAGCACGAAAACAGAAGAAUAACCCUCCCAUUGCAAAGUCCUUUAUUUGGUGCGUUGAUUAGAUGAAACGCACCUCCCCCCCCUUUGCACAGAAAGUGCCUCCAGCGCCGGUUGUUGUGGGUUGGCAGGGCAGGGAGGGGGAGCCAGCUCAACGAACACCCCCGCCUUCCCAGCGUCUAGCGUCUACGGUCUGCAACUGCGAAUUCGUUCUUGCGAAAACUUAUGCGUUCCAAUCAAAAAGCGAGCCGAGCUCGUGUCGUUUAGGGGAUAAGAAGGUAAACAAAAAAUUGUAAAAAACAUACAGUAUCCCCACGAAUGGAUACGAACGGGGACGGCCAGGGUGGUCCAGCAUCCCCUCGGGCGUGUCCCCCCUUUAUCACAUGCGAGAGUUGAGCUGCCAGGAGGAAGAGAGACAGUAUAAUGACGAUAUUUGAACAAUUCUUUUCAUUACAUUAAUGACCAUUAAUUUCGAGUAAGCUUAGGGCAGGUAGAGAUUAAAGCGAAGGAUUCCCUGUACAGAGUAAAGGAAAAGAAAGGCAAAAAAAGCCCGCGAUAAUAGGACCCAACAGUAGCGCAGCGUACGAGCAAUACAGAUCGCGCUGCAAUGUUAGUGAAUGUUUUUUAAAACUUCUUUAUACAAUAUCGAUGAUAAUGGAUAAUGUUAUUUUACAAUGAAGCUCUCCCACGUCUAUAGGUUAAUAACGAUAUCAUUAUGUCGACACGUAAAUAAUUCAGCUGUACAAACGAAACAAAACAAAAACCGAAACCGAUUACAAAUAGCUAUGAAGCAGAGAAUGUCCGUAUUUCCAAACUCCAAGGGGAGCAAUGUUCGGCGCUAACGUUGAUACGUUUUAUUUAAUUAUUUUGCUCAAGAAUCUCUGUCAAGAAACAGUACUGAUUGUACUGUUGGUGCAAGCAAAUGCUGACAAAAAAAAAUACUCCUUCGACUGUUACACGUGUUUAGCCGUUUCGUUUCGGAUACGUUCGGUACGUUUGUGUUUGUUUGUUUAUUGUUUUUUUAUGUCGUAUUAGCCCACCUUAUGUUUUGUUUUAUUUUAUACUUUGAAACAACAAACGACCGAAGAAACAAACGAGCAAGCAACACAGUGGCUUUAAGUUUUAAGCGUGAGAUGAAUUAAUGUAUGCCACGUUGAUUGCAAAACCCAACAAAUAGGCAGCAAACACGUGAUGCAUCACACGAAUGCUUGCAAUAAUAGUGGAACAAAAACAUAGAUACGUCAUUUAUACAGUAACGGAAACAUUAUAAUAGGAAUAGGCAUUUGCGCGCUAGCUGAUGAAGGAUGUAGUGAUAAAAAAGGCAAUGGAACACGGCGAUAAGCCUAAGGAGCAUGGAGAAGGAUGGCGAAACAGGCGAAACAAUGUGAUAAAAAUGAGUAUUUUAAUUAUUUUUUUUCGAGCCUCAACGUCUUCUCCAACACGAUUGUAAACGAUUAUGUGUGUGUGCGUGUGUGUGUGUGUGUGUGUGUGCGCGAGAAUUGUAUGGAUGUGUUUUAGUGUAGUAAGUGUAUGUGUGUGUAUGUGUACGUGAGCGUAAUAAUUGUUACAACUUGCAGUAAGCUAGUAGGGACGACGUAACGCUGAUUUUAAUAGUGAAAGAGCUGCCGCCUCAUGUCAUUAGUAAAAGAGCUUAUGCAGAAAUGUGCCCAACCCUCCCCAGCACAUUUCUGAGUUUAACUAUUUAAAUAAGCAAAACAACAACAACAACAAUAUGCCUUCAACAGACUUUCCGGAGAAGCACACUCCACGAGCACGAUGGCAAACGACGACAAAAACGCUUGCUCCUGGACAGUGUUUUUGGGAUUCCAAUUAGUGCCUGGUGGUAUAAGCUGCAAGCAAAACAAAGGAUACCAACAAGCAGCAGAUAAUAGCAAACAAAUGAGUCUUUUGGAAGGGCUACCGGCUAAUUAGCGAUAAGGUGAAAAGUGCAACUAGCGAUAGUAAUAACUAGCAAUAGAGACAGCUAAGGAAUUCGUAACAGACUCUCAACAAUCAGUGAAAAGUCCAUCGAUAGCGUUUGAAAGCGAUAUACAUGAUGCAUACAUAGUAAUGGUAAACAGCCCGUGGUCUUACUGUAAAUAUACUUGGACGAUCGAAAUAAAAAAAUGAAUAAAUUGUGA